UUCUUCUCAAUGACACAUCUCUAAAUUGUCAGUAUUGCGAAACUUGUCACUGGCGAUAUGCUUUCGCUUGAAAAACUUGCAAAUGCGAAUAUCAAAAAUCGUGCUGAAUAUACGCAACUUUCCACCGAAUUAAAUCGACUUGAAAAAGAGAAAAAGAAUGAAUUGCGAAUGUUUAACAAUGAGAUACAACGCUUCAAAUCGAGAUACUCCAAGUCCAACUUCAGCACGGAUUCACCCGAGGCCUCCAAUGUUAAAAUGUACGAAACACACAACCCUGGAUUUUGUUACAAGAGGAAUGGGGAGCAUAGGGUCUUGCAGGUUAGCGAAAACACGCCGCCAGUUGAUUUCGAACGACUUCAUUUUUUGUUAUUUACAAACGGCGAAGUAGACAUUGAGAAAAUAGUUUGUCUUCACUUACUCUCCUCUCACGAAACCGACCAUUUGACACCCCCGAGAAGACCCCGAACUUCUGGUGGUUUCAUGAAAAAAGACUCGCCAGUGGAGCAACUAAUCGAACGAUCGAAAGAAAAUCCACGUGAAGCUGUUUUACAAGCAAUUUUACCGACUUAUAUUCUUGAUGUAAACAAAGGACACGCUAAACGAACAAUUCUGGACGAAAGACUUUCAGCUCGACUUAUAGUCAACGAGAAAAUUUUAGAGUUAAUUAUGACAGUGAUUACAGCUUUGGAAAGCUCAAAUCCUGAAAAAGUCCAACAUUUGAUAAGUCUUGCGGACGAUCCCAGUAGUCUGAAAAAGAUUUUCAGAAAGCAUCACAUCCAAGAGUUUGUUAUGACUCUGAAAAAUCAUUCAUUGGUCAACAGUUGCAGUUCUUUUAUUUUGACACAACCUAACAAAAUCAGACCUAGUCAUAUUGAAAUUCGCACUCCAACUGGUGCUCUCGAAGACUUAGUUCGAUAUAUUCGUUCAAAUGUCUUGCAGUUUCCCAAACGUAGUAGCUUUAAUCUUCUAGAUGGCGAGUCUAGGGAAUUACUAACAAUCGAAAGAAGUAAAAUGUCUACAAAAGUUAGUACUAUAAGCACGAAACCUAUAACAAUAACAAUGCCAAAACCCGAAUUUCGGAAAGACGAAACAGAAGAAGAAGCGUCACGUUUUCGGCGCAAAAGUACCAACUUUAUCAAAAAAAAUAUAGAGUCAAUUCCGAAUUACAAAAGAGGUUCGGAAGAUGAAAGUUUUAGUAAACCAAAAAAGGUCAGGCGUACUAGUACUGGUUCUAGUAGAAGAGUUUCAAGUAGUAGAAAGAGUAGUACCACCAGUGACAGAAGUAUGGGUUUAGAUUAUCCAACAAAAAAACAUGUCCAUAACAAUGAAGAAAUUAAAGUACAUUUGAAGCAGACAACAUGUCCUGCAUGUAUGGAAAAAUGGAAGAUUCCGCUUCCUUCACCCAAAGUUCCGAGAUACAAGAGACCAAGUUCUGGGUCGCCUUCCAACGAACAAAUGCCACAACCAAUUAUCAAAACUGAUAGUAUGAGAAGAAUUAGUAAUAUGAUUGAGAAGGAACAGUUUGUUUUGAACUCCUACGACCGGAGAUACUCGAAUGUGAGCAGUAGUUCGGGUCAAGGGAGGAGAAAAUCGAGUGUUCAGAGUGGUUCUUUGGAUUUGGUCGCUUUGAAUAUCCUCGAUUUGGAGAAAAUUCGGCAUGAAAUUAGAGAGAAGGAAACCCAGAAGAAGCUCGAGAAGUUUCUAGGUGCUUGAAGCUCGAAUAAAGUACU